AAUUGACAAAUUAAAGUUUAUGUCAUGUUAGUGACAGUUCAUUUUGUCAGUGUCAGAGUGUCUAUCAGUCGGUCGCAUUAUUGGUUUUAGUUUCGCGGUUUUAAUUUCAAUUGUUUUUUUUUUUGGUUUAAAUUAUGCAAGCCUUUCUUAAAACUGGUAAAAUAUCAGCGGCAGACAAACCUUCAUCGUCUGGCGUAAAGACCACCUCCAAAAAGAAACCACCUGCACCAUGGGUUGAAAAAUACCGGCCGAAAACAAUUGAUGAUAUUGUAGACCAAGGAGAAGUGGUGCAAGUACUGAGAGAGUGCUUGUCAGGUGGCGAUUUGCCACAUCUUUUGUUUUAUGGACCUCCAGGCACAGGAAAAACAAGUGCAAUCCUUGCAGCGGCACGACAACUGUUUGGAGAUAUUACAAGAGAUAGAGUUCUAGAAUUGAAUGCAUCAGAUGAACGAGGUAUUCAAGUUGUUAGAGAUAAAGUGAAAACCUUUGCACAGAUGACUGUCAGCAGUACAAAGCCUGAUGGUCAACCAUGUCCUCCAUACAAACUUGUUAUUCUGGACGAGGCAGAUUCCAUGACAAAUGCUGCCCAAGCUGCCCUUCGCCGCACAAUGGAGCGUGAGACUCGGACCACCCGUUUCUGCCUGAUUUGCAAUUAUGUCUCGAGGAUCAUCCCUCCAAUUACCAGCAGAUGUUCCAAAUUUAGAUUUAAACCACUGGCUAGAGACAAUGUUAUCAAAAGAUUGCGUGAGAUCUGUGAAGCAGAAGGAGUAGAUGUGGGCGAGGGCGAGGUUUUGCAUAAAGCAGUUGAUACUUGUGAAGGAGACCUGCGACGUGCCCUGACUGCAUUGCAGUGCUGCCAGCGGUUGCUGGGGAAAAUAACAGAUGAAGGUCUCAUUGAGGUGACUGGUUUAGUGCCUGAGAAACUGGUGAAUGAGUACCUUAGUGUCAAUAAUUAUAGCGAACUCGAGAAGUUUGUGGAAAAUUUCCUAAUGGAAGCGUACUCCGCCUCUCAACUGCUGGAACAACUGAGCGCAACGGUCAUCACCGCGGGGCACCUCACCAACAAGCAGAAAUGCGUCAUCAGCGAAAAGCUGGCUGUUUGCUCUCAUCGCCUACUAGAUGGCGGCGCUGAGUUCAUGCAACUAACAGACCUGGGCUGUACCAUUAUCAUGGCGAAUAAUAACCCUUAAAAUUUAAAACAAGUUAUUUUUGCUAAGUGGAAGUUUGUACUGAAUAAACAAUGUUAAAAUUAUUUGCAAUCUGGCAUCUUAUACAUAUAUCUCACCAAUAAGCAGAAAUGAGCGUACUUUUGCCAGUUUCACAUUGGCUGCAAGAUGGCGCUGAGUUCAUGCAACUAUGGACCUAGGCUGUACUAUCAUCAUGGCAAAAAAGAACACUUAUUUUAAAAAAAGUCAACAACAUUUUGUCGAAUACAAGUAUAUAUUGAAAAAUAAAUUUUGUUUUUGAAAUUCUUGGAACAGUCUUCCUCUUAUAUAAUCUCACCAAUAAUCAUAAAUCACUGAAAAGCUGGCUGUUUGCUCUCAUAGUCUGCUGAUGGAGGCGCUGAAUUCACGCUAUUGACAGACCUAGGGUGUACCAUCAUCAUGGCGAAAAAUAAUCCUUAAACAUUAAAAUAAAUUAUUAAACAUGUCUUAAUUGAAGUCUGUUCUAUAUAAGUGAUAUUGUGGUAAAAUUGCAACAAACAAAGUGUGAAGGAAGUGUGCAAGAUCGUGGCAAGUGGAAAAAGGGUAGUCUCUGCCUAUCCCUCCGGGAAAGAAGCGUGAUUUUAUGUAUGUAUGUACCACAAUAAUGGAAAUUAUUUUUAGACCAUAUACAAAGGAAGUGAGAAAUCUUACACCCAACCCAGUGAAAGGUUGUGCCCAAUUAUAUUAUUUUAUAACAAAACUCAACAGCCGUCACUUACAUGUAGAUCUUAUUGAUCUUUUCUAAUGCCAAAUUUGAUGAUGAUGCUUGAACGAGAGAUAGGGCGAACAAAAUCUGUUUCUUACUACAUUGUCUACGAUAAAUACAUCUGAUGUAUAAGAAAGACAUAAAAUAUCAAUGGAAAAUUGUUUUAUAUAAAUCACUCCAUUGGAUAAAAAAAAAAUAUAUGAUCACCAUAUGAAAAUAUUAAGGAGAUAUUGCAUGCCAAUUUUACAACAAAUAAAAAAAAUAAUCCAGACAUACAAAUAAGUCUCCAAUGUGAUAAAGAAACUUUAGUAUAGAAAGAAAAAAAGAUGCACCACAGAAAUCAGAAUAUUAUUAGCUUUCACUGUACCCUGAAGAUAAAGGUGAUGGAAGCUUAAAAAAAACUGAUUUGAACAAAAUAUGGUAUUGGUAACCAACUAUAGAACAUGAAGAGAGAAACACAAAUGAAGGGAAUUAAUUUUGAAACCAAUUUCUCCUGGGGUAGGUAAGUGAUACUUAUUCCUUGUGUUUCUUACAUAAGUAUAUCGAAACCGAAGAAACAUUAUAAUAUUUUGCAGUGGGUAUAAUAUUACUAAUGACAGUGAAAGAGCAGCGAACAAUUUUUUUCUAUAGGUAUUCCGUUCUUGUAAGUACCAUAAAAUUUUAUUUUUUUGGUCUUUGUGUGUUAAUGUGUUGAACAUGGAUAUUGUAAAGACAAUUUUGUAUCUGAUAGGUUUUUCUCAAUGUACCUAUCUAAUUUAUGUUUAAUUUAUAUUUUAGUUUCUUAGUUACUGCAUUAUCAUGGUAAUUUUUUCAUGUUGAAGAAAUUAUUUUUAUCAUUAAACUCUAAUUGUGA